GGACCGGGAAGCUCCGCCCACCGCCGGCGUGUGACGUCGAGUCGCCAUGGCCAGCUACCCGUACGGGCAGGGCUGCCCAGGAGCUGGAGGACAAGCGCCCGGAGCCCCUCCGGGUAGCUACUACCCUGGACCCCCCCACGGUGGAGGGCAGUAUGGCGGCGGGGUACCCCCUGGUGGCAGUUACGGCGGGGGUCCUGCCCCCGGGGGGCCUUAUGGACCACCGGCUGGUGGAGGGCCCUAUGGACACCCCAAUCCUGGGACUCCAGGAGGACUGUAUGGUAGUGCGGCCCCAGGGGGUCCCUAUGGCCAGCCACCUCCGAAUUCCUACGGUGCCCAGCAUCCCGGGCCUUACGGACAGGGACCUCCUCCAGGUGGUGUUCCUCCCAACGUGGAUCCUGAGGCUUACUCCUGGUUCCAGUCCGUAGACUCUGAUCACAGUGGCUACAUCUCCAUCAAGGAGCUGAAGCAGGCUCUGGUCAACUCCAACUGGUCCUCGUUCAACGACGAGACGUGCCUCAUGAUGAUAAACAUGUUUGACAAGACAAAGUCAGGCCGCAUCGACAUCUAUGGUUUCUCGGCUCUGUGGAAGUUCAUUCAGCAGUGGAAGAACCUCUUCCAGCAGUAUGACCGGGACCGCUCGGGCUCCAUCAGCUACACCGAGCUGCAGCAAGUUUCUAGCAUGCAGAAUGGAAAGAGCCCUGUACAAGGACUCAGAAAGGUGGUUUUUGUUACCAGCUCUGCUAGAAGGCAGUUUCCUUCCCAACCCUGGGAUCCAGACCACGCUAAAAGUUGCAUUCGGCUCUGUCCCAAAUGGGCUACAACCUGAGCCCCCAGUUCACCCAGCUCCUGGUCUCCCGCUAUUGCCCGCGCUCUGCCAACCCCACCAUGCAGCUAGACCGCUUCAUCCAGGUGUGCACCCAGCUGCAGGUGCUGACCGAGGCUUUCCGGGAGAAGGACACAGCUGUACAGGGCACCAUUCGGCUCAGCUUCGAGGACUUCGUCACCAUGACAGCUUCUCGGAUGCUAUGACCCAGCCCAUCUGUAGAGUGGAGUGUACCAGGGGCCUUUCCUGGCCCCUUAGAGCGGGAGAGGCAUGCGGGCCUCUCCGCUUUUCCUGUCCCUCCUAGAAAAAGAUUCUCCCUUGCCUGAUGCAGCGCUGUUCCCGAAGAGGGCUGGGAGUCUUGUGUCAGUCACCAAAUAGCGGGGACCUAGGCUGAGGCCACACAGGAGGUGGCCAAAGAGAGGACUGGACGUUGAAUGCCCUUGGAGCCCUGAGUAUUUCAAUGGCCCAGCCUCGUGCCAGGAGCAGAAGAUGCCAGUUAGUGUCCAGUCCGCUGGGCUCUAGCCUCUAGCUGUCACUCCUCCGCCCUGACACCAGGGGUAAGUGAUCAUCAGCCUCAUGCCAUUAGCACCUGAGUCCCUUCACCCAUACCGUCUUGUCAGAUGAACCCAGUUUCUCCAAAGUGGAAGCUGACCAAGCACGAGGGAGGUUUGUCCGCGGGACCAAGUGGCUUGGAUUCCACCACCCCGUGUCCCCAAAUCCACGUGUGUUGUCUUGUAGCUGCCUGGCUGCUGGCCCUGCUCGGGGGCUUGGACCGCCUGCUCUCUGGGCACCCUUGGCCAGGCUACCCCUCUGCAGCUCGGACCCCUCACUUGCCUGCCAUUCCCUGCUCGGCUUCAAUCCCCAGGGGACAGUUGUCACCUCCCACUGCCAAUGCUGUUUUUUUAAGUUGUGUGUUUUUUCUUUCGGGGCCAAAAGUUCAGUGAAACUGUAAGCUCAAUAAAAGGACAGAACUCUGGA